UGUUCCUUAAUGGUGCAAAUUUCACUAAGUGCAGAGGAAACUGGAAGUGAUUUUCACGCACAAACACGGCUUGGAUCAAUUUUUGGAAAACGUUUCAAUUCGUAUAAGAAUCAAGGAACGUUAUAUAAAUUUCUAAAUAUUCCAUUUGCAAAAGCUCCAGUCGGCCAUUUAAGGUUUGCCAAACCAUUACCUUAUGGUGCAUGGUCCGGAACUCUCAAUGCCACCAAAUUUGGUCCUGCGUGUUACCAAACUGAAACACGGUUCAAUUUGUCAGAGGAUUGUCUUCAGCUAAAUAUUUAUGUUCCAAACGAUUUCAAUCCAUCAAAUAGAAAAAGCGUAAUGGUUUGGAUUCAUGGUGGAGGGUACGUAAUUGGAUCAGGAAUAAGCUAUGAUGGCGGGUUUUUGGCCUUGAAGGGUGACGUUAUUGUUGUAACCAUUAACUACCGUUUAGGAAUUUUCGGAUUUCUUGCAUCAAAAGAUUAUAGUGCAAAAGGGAAUAUGGGAUUAUGGGACCAAAUUCUUGCACUUAACUGGGUACGUUAUAAUAUCCAUGACUAUGGUGGAAAUCCACGGGAUGUCACAAUUUUCGGUGAAUCGGCAGGGGGAACCAGUGUUUCUCUUUUGGCCUUGAUUCCUUACAACAGAGGACUAUUUCAUAGGGUGAUUAUUGAAAGUGGAGUUGCUACUUCAACGUUUGCAACAACAAAUGCAUCGUCAUCUACAAUACGAAUAGCAGAGAAGGUGGGUUGCAUUCAUGAUACUCUGUCUUCAAAUGAUGCCACCUUUCUGAGAUGCCUAAGAAGUGUAGACCCAAUGAAAUUAAUAAAUGCAACUAGUGAAUUUACUUCCGAGUUAGGGCUUUUGGCACUGAAAUUUGUAACUUUUGCUCCUGUAGUUGAUGGAGAGUUGUUAAGAAGAGAACCUGCACUUCUUUUAAAAGAUAAAACGUCAUCAGAGUUUAAUUUCUUCCAGUCACUGGAUGUUAUGAUUGGCAACUGUGAAACUGAAGGCUCUAUUAUAGUUAGUUUAUUACCUCUCCUACAAGACGAACUAACAUUCAAUAUCAGUAUUGGCAUUCCAACAAAGGAAAUGUGCAACACAUUUCUAACGUAUAUAUUAAGCGAAGAUAUAAAAUCGAAUGAUAUGGUUUUCAAAGCCGUGUGUGAGAAGUACACAGUUAAGGAGGAUGUGGCAGAGCAAGGGCGUCAACUCUUAAGUCUUGUGGGUGAUUAUGUCUUUAUCAAACCGUCCAUUUCAACAUUGAUUGACCAUUCCAACAAUAACCAGGGAUCCUCUACAUAUCAGUUUAUGUUUUUUGAUGAAAAUUCGUAUUUACUUUCAAAGGCUCCUUCGUGGUAUCAUGGUUCCGCCCAUGGUACAGAAUUAACAUACCUUUUUCUCUAUGAACAAGUUUCUUCAGUCAUAAAGUUUCCGAAAGGUGCCGAAAUCUUAGUAAAUCAAAUGAGGUCAUACUGGACAAAUUUUGCCAAAACUGGAAACCCAAACGGUCCCGGACUUCCGGUUUGGUUGCCUUUUGAUCGUAAUUCUAGCCACCCUUAUAUGAGGCUGAGGUCACUAAAUACUGGGAUGGGGCAAGACUACAGAAAAGAGUACAUGGAGUUUUGGCUUCAUAAAAUCCCCAAAAUGUUGUCUAACCCUGACUGUGAUCAAAAUAGCUGUGCUUUACCUGUUGUAGGAUAGAGAUUUUCCUUGUAUAUUAUUUAUCAAUUUUAUGCGGAAAACUAUUUUCAUAUUUCAUCUUAAACUUUGG